ACAGAAAUACCUUAAAAUAGACACAUACUUUCGGAUUUAUCCAAAUUGUCUUUAAAUGUAUGCAAACUGAUUCUUCUGACAGCGAAAUGAGAUCAAAUAUUUUGCACAAUGUCACAGCGGAUUGACGGCGACAUACAUAGUCAGUGAUGAAAAUAACUUUUAUUUGGCAUUGUUAUAAUUACAAAAUAUACGAAGUACAAUGACGUCAGAAACAUAUUUGGAUUUGACCUUUGACCGCAGUGGAAAGAGUGGUAAACGCCCAAUUAGACCGAAAUUGUUGAAACUAACGGAUGUCACGAUGCCGCAUCGCAGUCGGAAGAAGACUAAAGUCAAGAGCAAAGACCGUUCGGUAUCUUCGGUGCGUGAUCGAAUUUACGAUGAUCCAGCAUACACAGAUGAUAUCAGUCACCUCGCGAAUCCACUGAGACGCAACAGCUGCUCAGGUAAAACGGACGGUAAAACUAAGUCUUUUACUAGUGGUAAUACGGCGACCAAUUUGGCUGUCAGCGGCAGCAGCUCACUUGGAAAGCGAAGUAAAAUAUCCAAAGAAUUUCUGCAGCAAAAUAAAUUACGCGACAGUAGCGCCACCUACGAGCGUGAUGCGUCGAGCAGUUCCGACGAACCGCUACGUUCGGAGAGUCAAUCCAAAAGCGGCGGUACGGCAAGUGUCGGACGACGUGGACGCAGUCUAGAACGCAGCGCAGCAGCAGCUGUGGAGGGAAAGAGCGGAGAGAAGAAGCGUGAGAAGCGCGAACGCAGCAAUAAACAGAAAAGCAAUACGAGUGCUGAAGGACUGGCACAACCAAUAGAUAUGCAACAAAAACAAGACAGCUAUACCGAAACCACCGCCACCGCGCGUUCAUCAAGUAAUCGUCGUUCGAAAACGCAAUCAGCCAUGAUGACCAAACAGUAUAGCGAUGGCGCUGCCGCCGAUUUACAAUGGGCGGUCGAGCAGCAGCAGGCGCGCGAUGAGAUUGCAUCGGUGCACAGCGGUGCGUCUGCGGCAAAGGCUGUAGCGCCAACAAGCGCCACAGGCGGUGGCAGUUCGAAAAUGCAAAUUGGACGGCGCUUCUUGCGCGGCGAAAUCGGCAUUAAGAGUUUCAAUUACUACUUACUCAAGGAGGGUAUUAAGAGCUCGAAACGCUUUGUGGAGAAGCAACGCAACUCAUUCACCAGCGGCUUAGCGAGCGCGGCAAGUGGCAGCAAGAAGACGCACUCACGCAGCGAAGAGAAUAUCUAUGAGGAGAUUUUCUUCAAGGACGCGCCACCAUCGGAUGAUGAACAGCAGCAGCAACAGCAACCACAACAACAGCCACCACCACCACCACUGCAGCAAAAUCAUGCACAUACACAGCUGCAACAACAAACUCAACAACAACAACAACAUGCACAACACGCCCAAUCGCAUGCAAGUAGAGGCGCCGAAACACCCAUAUCACAGUGCAGCGGCAGCGAGGAGGGACUCUACGCUGACUGCGAACUCUGUCUGCAGCAAUGCACCAAAGAGAAUUGCGAAUAUUGCUACACGCAGCAGGCGUCGGGUGGCGCGGACGAGCACACACACAGCGCAAGCAAAAUACAGCGAGAUAUGGCCAAACCGUAUGCUGUAGUGCCACUGCAACAACAACAACCGCAUAAUAAACUACCACAACAAUUCGAUGCUACCGCGCGCCCAUUAAUCACGCAAGCGCCAAGUGCCGCGUCCGCUGAUUACAACAGCUCAAGCAGCAACGGCGGCAUGGCUAGCGGGGCACAACUCCCUGCCGCGCACAUACUCGAGUUCCAAUCGUACAAUCCGAAUAAUCCGGGCGUUUACAAAAUAGAGACAACACCGGUGGCCAUCACGGGUGAAUACAAUCCGAUAUUGCAAUUUCAGCAAUCCUCACCUUCGACAGGCACCGCAACAACAACAACACCCAGCAUAGAGCUGCAACCUCUGGGUAUAGCGGCGAAUAUGGCGCAUCAACAACAACAACCACAAUUGUUACAACAAGUGAGCUAUCAGCCUGCCAUGCAUCAGCAGCAACAACAGCUACAACAACAGCAUCACUUGAAACACUCAGCGCACAAUUAUGUACUGCAAACGGGCGGCGUUAGUGGCGCGCCACCGCAUCAUCAUUACCACCAGUCACCGUCAGUUGCCACCAGCAGCGCCGGCAUACUUAUCACACAACAACGCGUACGCGGUGGCAGUCAUCGUAUGGGCAGUCACCAACAGCAACAACAACACUCGCAUUACAUGCUCACUUAUCAAGCGCCCAUAAUGAACGCUGGACCGCCCAUCUCUGGCGGUGGCGGCGGCAUGCAACGCAUGAACACCAAAUCAUCCUCGUCCAGCGAUUCGCUGCAGCAACAUCAUCAACAUUUGCAUAAAUACAACACCAUGUCACGCCUCGAGGCGCAGCAAGUGCUGAUGGGCGAUCCCUUCUAUGGCGGCGCCACUGUUGGACCGACGCAUUCGCUUAUGUUUGCUGCCAGCCGCCCCAUCGGCGGUUCACAGAUACUCGUGGAUUCCUACGAAUUGCCGCAAAUGUAUAAAAGCGACUCGCGCGCUUCCAUACUGAGCGAGUACUCGUUGCGUAGCAGCGAUAAUUCGCAUCGCUAUAAUCGCUUUCGUUACGCAGGCGGCGGUGGUGGCAGCUUCAGCGGUGUAGCUGGCGGUGGUGGGCAGGUGAGCGACUCCAGUUUGGGUGACUCACUUUUCUCCUGCACCUCCGCGCAGCGUCGCUACUUUGGCAGUUCGGAGAGUUGCCGCUUUGGCUUCGAGUGUCGGCGCUGCAGUUUGGAUGGCGGCGAGAAAUGCAGCUUCUCCGAUACCUGCCGCUAUGAGUGCCGCAACUGUGAUUGCUCUUCCAGCUACUUCUCCUCGGACUUCGAUGAAAUGUAUGGUAGUGUAGCGGGCGCUGGUGGUUCGGCAGCUGCUUUGGCGGCACAACGCAGCAGCGGCAUACCGCGCAAAACCGCAGCAGGCACGCUACCCGCAAGCGCCGGCAAUGCGGAUUACGAGCGCAAGCAGGAACAACUCGAUUUGAAGCAGAACAAAUACGCGCAAGAUUUUUUCAAGCAUGUGAACGAUGUGAAGCGCAGCAUUUACCAAUCGGAGAUGCAACGCAAUACAAGCGGCGCUGUUGAGUAUGCGGUUAGCAGUAAGCGUGGUAAUGCCAGUGAACGCGGUGCGGCGCCACAACUACAAGCACCCGACGCCAGUCCGCGUCGUCACGUCGUCAAAGAAGCGCCGGAAAUAACUACACUACCUUUAACAAAAGAGCGUUCGCGCACACCGCGCGUCAUAGCCGGUACGCAUACAGAUAGCUCGACUACGCCUACACCAGCGCCAAGAACUAGCUUACAGCAGGCGCAACCACAGCCAACACAACGCGUAUCGCACCAUGCCGCGGCCAACACCGCUUAUGAGCGCCACAGUGAAUAUCCUUCUUUGGAUCGCUUGGUGGCAAGCGCCACCGGCGCCAUACCUAAAACAACAACUGUGUGUUUGCAAAGUGGGGGCAAGAGUAAAAAUAAUGCUACCAACACUUUGCCAGCGACCGGCGGUGGUGAUAUUAAUAGCAAUAGCGAUCAACCGUUGCGCACCGAACGCCAUAGUCCGCGUCACAGUCCAAAGCAUUUGAAAAUUACCGAUCGCCCACUUGGUUUGACCGGCGCUUACGUACAAACAGCUGACGGCGACACGGUCAAGGCUAGCGCGCGCAGUACACGUGUCGCCGCAGAGGCGCUGACUAAUAACAACAAUAAUAACGAUAUCACUGUAGCAUUAGCCGAUGCGAAUCACAAUGAAGCGUCGCCAACAACUUUAUUGGGCGCCAGCACAGCUGGUAGCGCUGUUAGUGGCGUCAGCGGUGGCGGCUCAAUGAAGCGUGAACCACGUUAUCUCAGUGUCGAACACAAUACCGGAAGCGCACCUACCGCGCAUUCAAGUAAACGCCAUCACCGCAGCUCUUCCGCCUCUAAGCAGGCCUCAUUGUCUGCGACGCGCCGCAGCAAGGACAUACCGGCGCCACCGCCGCCUUCGCCAGCCACCUACUCCGACUUGCAGGAAUUGAAGGUGAACAUCGAGAACGCAUUGCAGCCACAGCAACAACAAGAUGAGGGCGAACACAAAAAGUCAUCUGCUGAACGGCGUAAGAAGAAGCAUGCUCGAACAGAUGGCGAACAACAACAAGCUAACACAACAAACGUCGAAGGUCAGUCGAAAAGUGAAAAAGAAAAAGAUGUAACGCACCCACAAUCAUUGAAAACGAGUAAGGACGCGCCAUUGGUGGUCGCAGCAGCAACACAGUUGAGUCCAAACAGAAGUGGCACCGCGAAGACGACAAAGUUAAAAGUUACCCCAACAACAAUAACAAAUAAAGCUGACAGCACUUUGAGUCAAGAUUUAUAUGAGCGACCAGCUGCUGCAUUGCUGGCAGCCGCAAAAUCAACUGUGGCUACUGUGGCGGCUGUGGCAGGUGCUAAUUGCAUGCCAGAUGCCGCAACGAAACUGCAAAAGCAGCAACAUCAACAACAAGAGCGCUCACAUGCCAAGCUAAACAAUGCAAAUUGCAAUAGCAGAAAUACUUCUGAGGCAGUCAAGCAACUGGAAAUGUGCAACAGCGCACAUGCCACAGAUGAUGAUGAUGUCUUUUAUGAUGCGCGCAGCGAAGAUUCCGGUGGCACGGUGUCGAGCAGCUUGCUAAGGCGGCAAAAGGCAGCGGCACAGGCAGUAGCAACAACAGUUAGUAGCGGCAGCGAGCGACGCGGCAAGGCAACGACGAGCCCGGAAUUCAACCGGGAGCAACGCAAAGCAACUGAAGAAGAAGAGGAAGACGAAGCAAAGGCCGGAGAAGGGCCAACGUAUGAACACAUAGCCAGCGGCAGCGACAUUAAAUUGGACACGGACAUGGCUGGCGCAGUGCAGUCGGUCGCUGCGAAUGACGAGGCCAACGCGACCGCAGUACAAACGAAAUCCAAGGACACGCUGACGGCUAACAGUGAGAGCGUAAAAACUGAACGAACGAAAAGCGCAACGAGCAACAGCAAAAGCAACAACAACAAAACAACAACUAGCAGUGGAGCUGCCAAAAGUGCAGCCGCACAAGCAGAAACACCAAAUGUGACAAAUGUUGCUGCAAUCGGAGCAACAGGGUACUCGGCGAUGGCAUUGAACCUGGGCGGCGAGGCAAAUGCGGAAGCGACAGUGGCAGCAACAACACUGCCAGCAAGUGAGCAACGACGCAAAGAUGUGGGCGGCAGUGGCACUAACGAAGGUGGUGGCAGCGGCGUCAGCGUCAGCACCAGCAGCGGUCAUCACAGUCGGCGAGAGAAGAAACGACGCGGCGCCACCAGCAGCAGCAGCCGAGAAUCAUCCGGCAGACCGCAUAAAGCAGCCAGCAUUCCGGCAAUGACUAUAAGUUGCGAUACAUGUUGCCAGAUGGAAUGUGAACAAUACCAACAGCAACAGCAACAACAACAGCAAACACUGUACUCACAAGCCAGUCAACGCCGUCAUGAGUCGCGUGCCGAAACGAAAACCAAAACAAGCAAAGCCGAAAGAGCGAACAAAAUAAAAGACGAAAAGUGUAGAGAGCGCGCUGAGGCAACAAAAACAAAAGCUAACGACGAUACAGCCAACACGCUAACGGAGCGUAAGCUGGAGCAAGCAACAAUUGUGACUACAACAACAACGGCGCUGAGCGCUACAGCAAGUGAACCAGUUGGGAAAGAGCGUGCAGACUCGCCGUCAUCAGCGACAUGCGCAACAGCUAUGUUGACACGCGCGAGAGUAGUGGCCGCCACCGCCGCCGUCGCCGCAACAGCGGAAGAAGCACAAGAUACACAGCCAACUGUAGUGGAUGUUGCUGCUAUGGCAACAACAGCAACAAAAAUAAGCACCAUAAAUACUACGAGUAACACAGCCAUAGACCAGGCAACAAUAAUAGCUGUUGAAUUUGGCGCGCAAAGUGACAGCAACAAUGUUGCUAGUACGCAAAAUGUUGCUGAGCAUAUUGCUAACAGCGCUGUUGAUAAUACAGAGCAGUCGGUUAAUAAAUGUGCACAGAAUCAGGCUGCAGCAGAUGAAGAACUGUCUGAAGUAUCCAGCGCAACAACAACAACAGCGACAACAACAAAUGCCACCAUCAUUAUAACACCAGCUGAGGCCACAGCAACAACGCUAACAGAAACAACAGUCGCUAUUGUGGAUACCAACGACGCCACAGUGGUUGUCAAACUGUUAACAGCAUCAACAACGUCAACAACAACAACACCGACAGCCGAGUUAACAGCGCCAGCAACAUUAACAACGGCAACGCCAACGCUGACAGUGACGUCAACAGCGCUAGCUAGCGCAGCCAACGCAACAACUUCGCCAGCCACCAGUGCGGCCAACUCGACGGUCAGUUGUAUUUCGGAUAUCGCAGGUGUCACUACGCCUUCGUACAGUUCCGCAAAUCUACCGUUAAUAACCACAACAGCACAUUCAUCACUUGACUCCGAUCAACCAAGCACACAGCUCAAACCAACACGCGAUCAAGGUAAACGACCACCGCUCUACCGGCAGGACUACUCCACCUGCGUGGACUCGAGCGAAGCGCAAUCGGACGAUAGUCACUUGACGCGUGACUCCGUCACACGCGAAUCACAAAACGACGAACUCUCCUCCUCGACACACGACAAACUCGACGUCAGCACACUACCGCUACCCGCGUUACCGCCCAAAAAGCGACGCACACGCUUGCGCGCCAGUCCAUCGCGACAUCAUAGCGGCAGCAGCAGCAGUCGGCGUGCAUACGAGCAUGAGUCGGCUGCUGUUGGCGGCAACGACGAACAGCGACAUAGCAACAUAACAACUGGUGGACUAAAUUUGAAAGUAGCCAACGCGUCUGGUACUGGUGCUGGCAGCGGUAGUGGCGGCAGUUGUGGCGAAGCCACACCACACCUCUCCGCCUUUCAACAGUACGUGGCAAAGCGUCGCGAAAGUCUCGAGGCAUCAACGCGCAGCUUCAACGAAAAACUGGAAGCGCGUAAAAUGCAUUACCACAUGGGUGGUGGUGGCGGUUGCGAAAGCGCGCUGGGCAGCGCAACGGUUGGUGGAGCAGCGGCCGGCGCUGGCGCUCACAUGCCCACAUAUCUGUUUGGUGAGCACUAUUAUGGUGUGCCCGCGAAGGGUGCGCGCAAGUCGACACAUGGCAAUAAAGAGGAGAUCUUUCUCAACAAAUCCGGUUGGGUGCAGGUGAACACCAAGCGUAAUAGCGAUGAGAAUCGUGCCGGCGUUGGCGCCUAUCGCAACGCCAGCUAUGCCCAUCAAAAUGGCGGCAGCGUCGAUGGAGAACGCGAACGCGACUUGCGGCGUACGGUGCGCGUCAUACAAAUCGAUAAUACGCGUCGCUCGGAUAGAGCGCGCCAAGCGCUACAGCAACAGCAACAAUAUUCGCUUGACCCCGCAUUCAGUAUGGGCAAAUAUCCGGCAAGUAAAGUGGAGGAGCUGAUACAACGCAAUCAGGCGCGUGUAGGCACGGCGGGCGGUCCGGUGUUUGUGACAACGCGCGACAACGCUUUGCGCCCAGGCUAUCGAAUCGUCGAUCCCCAACUGGCUAGCAUACUCAAUGAACGUCCCGGUUUCCUGCCUGUGCGUAAUUUACACGACGCCGACUCCCCGCCGCCCAUUACACCCAUACUCUCGCCCCCACCCGCCUUCCAGGACAGCAGUAAGUCGAAAUAUGUUGACCGUCGCAAAACCAUACCAAUACGUCAACAUCAUCAAUCAGCGCUGACCGCUAACAAUUUGCAUGUCACGAAUGUGGGCAACGGCAGCGCCGGCAAGGGUAUGGUGUUUUCACGUAGCUUCGAGUAUGACGCGCGUCGUAAUGUGCCAGCCGACACUUAUGUCGAAACAUUUUCUCGCAGUUUCGACGGUAAUCUCUCGGAGCGUCCACCACCGCUGCAGCGCGAGCGUUCACCGAAUUUCAGCACGCUAACCGGCAAUUCACCGAACUAUUUGACAAAGAAGGAUUCGGGCGGCGGCAGUAGCGGCAGUUUACGUAGUCGUGAUAACUCGCCUAAAUAUCAGCAUCCACAAACCACUGCCUAUUUGAAUGCUUCCAUAAAGGAGGCGCCGCCCGCCUACAGUUUGGCAAGCGCAAAUCCGAAUGCGGGCUCGAGUAGUCGUUUUUCACCGCGUUCGCGUCACGAGCGUUCGUUUGAGCGCUCCAAGAGUCAUAAUGUAUUGGUGCGCUCACGGAAGUCGCAAUUCAAUCGCGGUUCAAGCGGUGGCGCAAUUGUGGGCAGCCAACAGCCAAUGGUUAGCGUGGGCAUGUCACGUUUUCGCAGUUUCGACACGACGGCCAAUCAACGACUGAACUCAUGCGAUAGUGGCGCGAGAUCAGAUCUCUCCAACGACGAAUUGGAUUGCGAUGACGAUGAAGGCUCCAAUGAAUUCCUCACCGCCAAUUAUCAUCACAGCAUAUCACCAUUGAAGACGCAACGACAGCGUUCGCUGACGCCAGAACGCAACGAAUCGCAUAGCUCAUCGAGUAGCAUACGAAAGCAACGAUCGCUAACACCCGAAUCGCGCUCACUCACGCCAGAGGACCGGCGCCGCAAAGGUGGUUCACAAGCAUCGUUAAUGGGUUCGCGUCAGAAUUCGAGUUCACGCAGUAAUACGCUCGAACGUAAGCAGCGACUGACCGAAGGUCAACCCACAACGAAUAUCUCACGUAGCUCGUCGAGUUCAAGUUAUAGUGGUGGGGUCGGUGGUGCUGUAAGUACUGAACAACUUGAUGGCGGAGUUGUCAAUGUAGUUGCUGCGGUUGGCAGUUCUUCGGGUAUGCCGAAUACAGCUUUGGUUGGCGGUACGGUGGUUAAUACCGGCGGCGUCGGUUUGGUGGCUAUGACCGGUAGUGGUGGACGUUCACAGCAUAGACGCUCGCUUGGACGGAAUGCCAAGCAGGUGGAUGAGCAUCGUAUACGACGUUCGAGGUCUCUACAGCUCAGCGAACGUUCACCGAACCGCACACACAAAGUCAUCGUCUCAAUGGGACAAUCACAAGGGCCCGCCGUUACUUACCACACACCCAACGCGCAGCCCAUUUACCAACAAGCCGGGGUGCGCAUGAGCAACGGUAACGCCAUGCCCGCGCGUCCACCCAUACGCACCAGCAGUAAAUCGCAGUCACUACUGCUGAGCAGCAACAAUACGAACAGUGGACGAACACGCAAUAAUGAUAUUGAUAAAAGUCGAUCCUUCGAUUUCGAUUACUGUAAUUACAGCACACAAGUGGCGCUAAAGGGACACAGUCAUGCCGUGAGUGGCGGCGCCAAUAGCGGCAGCACUCAAAAUGCGGCGCUCCGCUUGGACUUCGACAAGAGUCGCUCAUUCGAUGAAGAUUACCGUGAACCGUUAAAUGCUAUCAGCAAUAAUUUGGCAACAACUAACGGUAGUGGCAUGCGUUAUCUGCAAGCAAUCGCCGAUCCGGGCAUGGGUGGCAACACUGGCAGCAAUAAUAAUAAUAGAAGCAGUCGGCUGCGACGCUCCUCACCAGUCGGCACGGGUAGCGGUGAGCGCAAUUCACGUUCACCACAAUCAUCGGGUUCAUCAUGUAACAAUUUGAAUUUACCACGACAAUCGACAAGUCCACAAAGUUACGGUACACGUCUGUGCGACCACGAACUCACGUACGAUAUGCUGCGUAGAUCACUGGAUCGUUCACCGAUUAUGGAUUUUCGACGCGGCGAUAGUGGUGAAUAUGAUUUGCCGCCGGCGUUAUUGCGUAAUCGCGAAACCAUCAAUAGCGGUGGUAAUAGUGAGUUGAAUUUCUUCAAUAACGAUCAUAUCUACGAACAGCCGACAACUAGCAAAGUCUCAGCGAGUGCCACACCGAGCGCGCUGAAACAACAACGUUCACUCGGCCAUACGCAUAGUCCCAGCGAGUCACAGUACUCGCUGGAGCGUCAACACACCAAUGCAACGGCACGUGAGAGCCAGCUGACGCCGGAGAGCGCAAGCGCAGCUGAUUACCGCGGCGAGCAUAUCUAUAGGCAUCCGCAUACGCGUGAAUCAUCGCGAGAGGGCGCACCGCGCAGCAGUGGCAGCAGUCGCAACAGUCAAAAAUCCAACACCACGAAAACACAGCCCACAACAAUUAAGGCAACAACAACACCAAUUACAACAAAAACAACUAUCAAAUGCAAUAAAAAUCCUUUAAAACGUCAAGAAGCGCUGUUGAAAUCACAAACCACCUGCUCAUUUUGGCCACAUUGUGGCGCUUGCAAUCCGAAUGCCACGCCCCAUGCGCAGCACACCGCCUCCAAACGUCAAAUGUCAUUGCAGGAGCAACAACAACUGGCGUUGAAUUGUCGGCGCGCGGCAGAAAUUGAUGUGCCAUUGCGACGCUAUCAUUCCGCCCACGCAUCUAACGGUACAGCCACUCAAGUGUCACAAGUGAAAAGAAGUGGGCGUGAAACGGCGCAAACGCCAUAUCCACCACACUACAAUCGUUGCAAUUCCAACAUUUCCACUGUCAGUGUCAAUUCCGAUUUCAAUGUGGCGGGAGCGGAGCACAAAAAUAACGGCGCAUUGACAGGUGUCACGCGUAGUAAAACGCAGUGGACACUUUUAUGUAGCGGCGCUACACUUAUGGAUUGUAUAGAAGAAUCGCAGGCGAAGACAACAAAACUUACCGCAAAUAGCAACAACACUAAGUGUAGAAUAGCGGCAAAGUCCGCCAACACAGACGCCGCCGCCUCAAGUAAAAAUGACACUUUGACAACUCGUGCAGCCGCGGCCUCGUUUGCUGUCAAAUCAUCUAGUUUACCGUUAGCUGGCACUUCAUCGAUAUUUCUCGGCGAAUGCGAAAUGCCAAUAACGCGCGAACGCGAAGCAUCCAAACGUUAUUAUCGGGAAGGCGAACGUGAAAGAGGCGCAUCAUUGGAUUGGGAGCGAAAACGCGCCUCCGACCAUCCACGACAACCCAUUCGGCGUGCUGUCGUCAGCGCCGACGGCUAUGGAACGAUUAGAGAUAUACGAAAUAACGAAUACAACGAUUAUACUAUUAAGUACGGAAAGGAGACUGAGGAUGCAAGAUUCAAUCACAUGUAUGUUGGUAGCAGCGGCAACAUGAUGGCAAAUGGUUGUAAAACUAACAACAAAUCUAGACCAGCAGCUGCAGUUAAAGUAAUGGCAACAACAACAACAGCAAAAACCGCAACAUCAACAUCAGUAUUUGCCAAACAUGCAAAACCAUUGCCAUCGUCGACAACAAAAGUAACAAGACGAACAGCCAGCACAACUGCAACAUGCGGCAUGCCACAUUUGAGUGAGCGCUAUUGGCGUAGCAGCUCACUGCCGAAUAUAUGGUUAUCGAGUCAUGGUUCACCCAGAGCCAAAAAUCCCAUUGCAUUACCAACAGUUAAUGAUGUGAAAAGCAGUUAUUCGACGAAUUUGACCCACCAAAUGCGGGCCGUAUCAAGCCCUUCCCUCACAGACGCUCUACAGGAGGAGCUCAACUACGCUGCCGUUGGUGCUGCUGCCACUACAGUCGUAUUACAUACGCGCACCACCGAUUCGUCUGGUGCGUCUGGUGAAUCCACACCGACAAUGGUCACGGCAACAGCAAAUAACCAAAGUAACAGCAACAACAACAACAGCGGCCGACCAUUGGGAAGCCUGCCGAGUAGUCAAAGUGUAGGUGUGUUGCAGAAAUUCAAACGCACGCUCACCAAUUUCAAUAAGCCAGCGCAACAACAACAACAGCAGCCGCAACAGAUAACAAGCAGCAACAGCACAUCAGCGCUUGUCAUAACCAACUCAACGUCGACAACAAACGCCACCUCAGCAGCUGGUGGUGUAGGUGGCACCAAUGCGAUUAGUUCAAGUGAAAAUCAAUCAGAUGCUGCCACGACCAAUUCCGCGCUUGAGGCUACAACGGGUAAAUAUCGUUUCGGUCCGCUUAUAUGGCGCUCAUCCAAGGAGCGACGCAAGACAAAGUACAAUCGUCGUGACAAGUGCAAUAGCGGUGAUUCUGGCAUACAAAUCGAACUGGACAAUGAUGAGCAAUACUCGCGCAUUAUGCUGCCGGCGAGUGGCAGUGGUGGUGGUGUCAGUGCGGCAAGCUCGAAUACGGCUUCAGCACAACGCAUUGCAAAUGAGAAGGUCAUACAGAAAAUGCGCACGGUGCGACGCGCCAACUCAGCCAAAGCGACCAGCAUCACAGAUCAGUCGGCAACAACAGCGCUUAAUGCCAAAGCAAAGAUACUCAAACGCAUGGAAAUGUAUGGCGGCAGCAUGGAACGCGAGGCGCCCGAAUCGCUACCGGCGCGCUCGCUAAGUCAACCCAAUGGCUUGGAUACGUGCGGCAUUGGCCGAACUGGCGAUAUGGACGACAGUGAUAGCGACAGCGUAACCUCACAUGAAGAAGCACCCAACUACUAUCCGAUUUAUGCUGAAGUGCUGUACAGCUUCACGGCGGCCGGUCCACAAGAGCUCGGCCUCGAACGUGGCACACUAAUCGAAGUGCUGCGCAAAGAGGUCGGUCCCUGGUGGUUUGGACGCAUACGUAAAGACGACAAUAACACGCUAGUCGAAGAGAUACUUGACCCCGAACUCGGUUGGUUCCCCAAGGAGUUCGUGCGCGUCAUACAGAGUCCCAAAACGGAUGUGUUCUUCCUUUCGCAAAUGACAACAAAUACGUCAGCGUUACAACAAGAGGCGCCUACAACAAAACGCAGCAGUUUCAGAAAAUUCACUAAAUCCAAUACAACAGCAAUAACUACAGCAACCGCAACUGCAGACUCGAACCCGACAACAACACCACUGCAAACAUCCACAGUCACAAUGACCGCCUCUCCGACGGCUGCGACCACAGUUGCUUGUGAUUUGGAUGCCACCAUGGUGGAUGAGAAUAAUGUAACGACCAUUGUGAUUGAAUCGCCCUCGUAUGCGAGUCUCAACAAUGCGCCCAGCAAUGACAGCAAUCACUCGCCACUCAGCGGUGUUGGAGGCGGCGCGGCGGAUGCCACAACUCCGUCAAAUGCUUUGGCCCCAUCACGCAGCAUUAAUGUGAUACUCGACAGCGCGGAUAUGUUGCGUCGCAGCGCGGUCAAAGAGCUGCUCGACACCGAGGUUAACUAUGUCAAGCUGUUGGCCGCCAUUUGUGAGGGUUAUUUGCCAGCGAUGAGCAAGCGUAUCGACAUCUUUUCACCGAAUAGCAUCCGCUUGAUCUUCUCCAACAUCACGGCGAUCUACAAGUUUCAGCGUAAAUUCCUCGAGGCCUUGCGUAAGGGCAUUGAACAGAAUCAGGUGGCGAAAGUUUUCUUGAAAAUGCACAAGGGUUUUCUCUGCUAUUCAACCUAUUGCAAUGCAUAUCCACGUGCGCUCAUAGAAUUGGAGACUUACGAUCGCAUCAAGGAUGCCAGAACCAUUUUGGACAAUUGUCGCGAAUCCGAGAACCUAGCUGAACUCCCACUCUCUGCACACCUCUUGGCACCCGUACAGCGCAUUUGCCGUUAUCCACUACAUCUCAGUGAAAUACUCAAGGGCGCAACCAAAUGCGGUGAAAUGCCCGAACAUGAAUUGGGCGAAUACGAGCAAAUCGAUGUCAGUCAAUUGGAUAUACCCGAUACAUAUGAGAAAAUCGAUUUGGCAUUGGAGGCAAUGCGCGGCAUCACAGAGGCGGUGAAUGAAGGCAAACGACACAGCGAGACAAUUGCGCGCCAUCAGGCGAGUUUCCAGAACUUCAAGGGUCCCCCACUACAUCUGCACAGCACACGCUUCUUCCUGCAAAUCGACGCGACGCGCCAAAAGCAGAAUCUCUGGAACAGCAGCUGCACGCUCUUUCUCUUCGACAACCAGCUGAUCUACUGCAAGCGCGACAUCAUCAAGCGCAGUCACUUCAUCUACAAGGGACGCAUCUUUCUCGAUCGCUGUCGCGUCGUGAAUGUGCGCGACGGCAAAAUGUUCGGCCACAACAUACGCAAUUCGCUGCGCAUCUACUGUGAGGCGCGUGACAAGUGGUUCGAUUUCAGUUUCCGUUCGGCCAACCGCAAGCAUCGCUUCCUCAGCACGCUGGCGCUGGAGCGGCAAUUCGGCGGUAAGGCUUUCUAUGUCUCCGAAAUGACCGGUUUCGAGUAUGCGUACGAUGAGCGCGAUUACUCAGAUCAAUCCGAUUAUGAGUUGCCCGAAUGCGAGAACAGUAAUAGUAGUGGUGGUGUUACCGGCACUAGUGCGUGUUUGUCCGGCGCAACACGACACUGGUCCAUGGCGGAUGUGAGCACAGGCGUGAAUGCAGGCGGCACUUCGGCAACUAGCGGCGACAGUUCGGUGCCCGAAUCGCCAGUAAAGCACAAGUACAGCGACACUUUGCCGAAGAAAUCGGCACACACACGUGACGCCUGCGGCGGCAGCGGCACAGUGAGCGAAUGUCAGACCGGCUCAUUGGGACGUCGACGUUUGGGUAAUUGGUUCCGCAAGCCGAAGAGCAGCAAUUCUACACCGAAUCACUCGCCGACGCAUAAAGCUAGCGAGUUGUCGUCGGGUUUGGUGGGCGGCAGUGAGAAUAAUAUAUCAAUUAAUUUGGGUAGUGGCAACUAUAUAUCGUCCGGCUCGUCGGCGUGAAUUUUCGGUUUGCAAAAAUAAUUUUUUUUUUUUAUUUUAAAAGAAUCUCACAUGAAAUAUACUUAAAAAGACGGGUCGUAGACUUGCAAAGUGUUGAUAAUAUAGACACACACUUGUUAUAAAAUAUAGAAAUAUUGAAAAAUGAAAAUGAAAAUAGAAAAGAAAAAUUUUGCAAGCGAACCCACUGUGCAACCAUGUAUUUGUGCUAAAACAGUCAAUUAGGUUUGCUUUUUUUCAAAGUGAUUGAAAAAAGACUUCGUGAUUUUAUUAAUGCGACAUAUGCAGCGCGAAUUUCGGAAAAAUAUAAAUAUAUAGCGGUGAUUUUCGAAAAUUUUACAAUUUAAAGAAAAAAACGAAAAUAAAUAUUUUAAUGUUAUAAAGCAACAAAUAGUCAGAGUUCAUGUUAUAGUCAUUACGAAAAUCUUCACAUAUUUAUUAAACGAAUAUAUCGUGUGUAUAGGUUUCGUGCUAUAGUGGGCAUAUGCAUAUGGCCGUAUACUGUAUAAAUAAAAAAUUCUCAAAAAUUGUGCGAAA